AUGGUGCGAACUAAGAAGCCCCUACCCUCGGGAGCAGCGGCGGCAAGCUCCCCGCACCGUAAUACCGGUCCCAUGGACGAUUUUCUCGCCACUCCGUCCGACCUUUGCGGCACCCGCCAUGUGGACAAGAUGGCGCCCGGGUCCCCGGACUCGGAGAUGACGGGGGACUCCCAGUCGGAACCCCACCAAACAGGGGACCUGUCUCAAAUUAGAAUGGAGCUUUCACAGAUCUCCAGGAGGAUGCUCACCAAAGCUGAUACAGGCCCCAUUGUACAGGAACUCAGAGCUGCACUGAGGGAAGAGCUGGCAGGCCUGCGCGCAGAUCUGUCCACCCUGGAGCAGAGAGUGGAUGAAAUGGAAUCGGUGGCGAGGGGCUGUGACGACCAGCACAGAGCAACAGAAGUGGCAGUCACUAGGCAGGGCAACAUGCUCCUCACCCUCCGGAGACAAGUAGAGGAUUUGGAGAAUAGAAGCAGACGCAAUAAUAUCCGCGUCCGCAGCCUGCCUGAAAGGGCAGACGAGCUGCUCCCAGACACCCUGUCAGCGCUGUUUACACAGCUCCUCGGAGCUGCACUGACCACUACGCUCAUCAUAGACAGCGCUCACAGAGCCCUGGGGCCUGCGAGACAGGAUGGCAGCCCCAGAGACGUAGUCUGCUGCAUCGUAGUCUGCUACGCGACUCACGAUUCCCACUGGGUUACUUUGCAAAUCAUCCUACGACAAAAAGGGCAGGAGUGGCGAUCUUACUGGCCCGCACAGUUCCGUUUGUCUGUACGGGGACUGAGUCGGACCCAAUGGGACGCUUCAUCUUCAUCAAAGGCUCUAUAG